UCCUCUCCCUCACAAGUCUCAACCCAGUCUCUUCUCUCUCCGCCCAAGUCCUCCCCCGUCGAGACGAGUCGCCAUCCUCCCCGCCGCCGCCCAUCCCCCCGUCCGGCCGGACUGGGAUCGACCCCUCGUCACCUCGGAUGGCUGAUGAUAAUCCCCAUGGCGCCAGCAGUUCGACGGCGAAACCAGCUGAUGAUCCAGAGACCACCAUUGAGAUCAACAUCAAGACCCUGGAUUCGCAAGUCCACAAGCUCCGCGUGAACAAGAAUGCGCCUGUUUCGGUCCUUAAGGAGAAGAUAGUUGAUGCAACUGGUGUUCCUCUGGAUCAGCAGCGGUUGAUUUUUAGAGGAAGGGUCUUGAAGGAUGAUCACCUCCUGUCAGAAUACCAUUUGGAAGAUGGAUUUACAUUGCAUCUGGUUGCUCGUCGUGCAGCUGAGGGCCAGAAUUCUUCUGGGACUUCUGAAGGAAACACACAUGCUAAUGUAAAUUUUGCUGCAAAUGGAGGAUUAUUGGAUGAUAUUUCCAGGAGUGUUCGGGAUCUUCUUGGUUCCUUGGGUGUUGCGAUGUCAGGUGGUCUUACCAAUACGUCAUUUUCGGUUCCUUUGGCUACUGCACCAGAAGGGGCGAAUAAUGUCCCUGGAAGAACUCAGCCAGUAAACCCAGCACAACCAGGGUUCUUAGUUCCGAAUCAUCAAAUCCAUGUAACACAGCUUCAACCAGGAGCUAUUCCUCGCAGCAUGGUUAUUCCGGAUUCUCUGACAACUCUUACGGAGUACAUGGAACGCGUAGACCGAGUCUUACAGAAUAAUGGUACUCCACCAUCCAGGGAUUCAGAAGGCCAGCAACGACCAACAGCAGAUGAUGCCAAUGUUAACCCAAGAUUUCCAAGUCCUGAGGUUUUGGCUUCAGUUAUUGAGCGAGCCCAACAACUUCUUAGUGGCAGCGCAUCUUCUGCUCUUUCUCACGUCGCACAACGUAUUCGGCAAGAUGGCAGCACUGGGGAUGCAUCUAUUCGUCGUGAGAUCCAGACUGAAUCGGUUCAGCUGGGAAUUGCAAUGCAACAUUUGGGUGCUAUGUUUUUUGAGCUUGGUCGGACAAUGAUGAUGCUUCGAACAGGGCUUUCUCCUUCUGAAGCUUUUGUGAAUUCCGGGCCUGCUGUUUAUAUAAACUCCACAGGACCAAAUCCAAUCAUGGUUCAGCCAUCUUUUCAAAACACUCCGCCUUUUGGAGUUUCGAACAUACCAGUUCUGGGAGGAGUUUCUGGUGCUUUUGGUGUAGUUGAUCCUUCUCGGUCAUCUGGUUUCGGAGAUCCUUUUCGGAAUAUUAAUGUCCAGAGUAGUGGUGCAUCUGCAACAAGUGGUUCAUCUGCUGGUACCACCACCACUUCUGAAGGGGCUACCAACGGGAACCGCCAAGAUGCAGCAAGAACUGAAGGAAGUAACCCACCAGGUCACCCAGCUGGAACACGUGGAUUGCCAACCAGAACAGUUGUUGCAGCUAUUCCAGCACGGUCCUCAGUGGAGGCUCCAAACCAUGUUCUAAGUGUUUUCCUGCCUGUUCAAGUGAGGGGUCAAGUUGCCGUACCUAACCAGUCAGCCUCCUUUCAAGGUUCUCAGACAGCAGCGGGCAAUGGAGCUCAACCAAAUUCAACACCUGCUGUUCCACAAGCUUCUGUAGGUGGUGUUCCACCUAUAGUAGCACAGGUGACAGCACAGGUAGCCAAUGCACCAGGCCAGGUUUCUUCAUCAGCACAAAGUGCAGCGGACCAGGGAUUUAACCAGACCACAGACAGCAGAGCUGGUGUGCUGAGUUCUUCAACCCCAGCCACUACGCCACAGCAGAAUGAUCCCUCAGGUACGUGCGGUUCCACUUUGCCAUCUCAGGAUGGUUUACAUCAGCAUCCACAAUUGGAAGAUACCAGUGCAGGUAGAACCAACCUAUCAGGAGACCCCACAGGCCCCUGUGGUAUUGAUGUUCCUUCGAGCACAUCAGCAGAAAAUUCUGCGCUGAAGAACAAAUCCUCGGAUGGAGUGGGUUCACAAUCUCUUGAGCAUUCUGCAAGUGGUAGCUCAGAACCUGUAGGUCUUGGUGGAGGUCUGAUUCCAAUGAGACGGAGCAGAGCAGCGAAGCCAUCUGGGAGCACAACUGAUUCUGGUAGAGAUUCAUCUUCAGUCAGCCAAAGCCAAGAUGCUAUUUCAGUGGCCCAGCAGUUUCUGCAAGGUUUUGCUUCACAAAAUACUAACGCUAGCCGAAGCAACACCCCCACCUCUGGUCCUCCAUCCUCUAGGUCACAGCCUACUGGAGUUCCUCCAAGAAGACAGAGUGGUGAAGGACAACAUGAUUUUGGCAGCAUGAUAUCUGGUAUGCUCAACAACCCAGUUUUUGGCAACCUAUUGUCAAACGUGGCAACACAAGCAGGGGGCUCAAGUGCUGACAUGAGGAGCGUGAUGGAAGGAUUACAGAGCCCUGCUGUUGUAGAUACAAUAAGCAAUAUUGUGCAGAAUGUGGAUGAGCAAGACCUUGGGGCCAUGUUUGGUUCAGGCAGGGGGCAAGGUGGCAUGGAUUUGUCUAGAAUGUUGCAGCAAAUGAUGCCCGUUGUAUCCCAAGUUCUUGGUGGCGCAGGAGCCCCUCCUGCUGGUGCAAAUAAUGGGCAACCUAGAUCACAGCGUCGGUCAAGUAUCACUGCAGGAGGAAAUGUAUUAGACAACAGCAGCUCUCAGCUUAAUCUCCGUCAAGCUCGACAAAGCAUUGAACAACAUGAAUCUCCAGAGAAUAUCUUCAGCGCCGUCCUUGAGACUGCUGCUCAGGCUUAUGGUGAAGAUGACAGCAUUCAGAGCAUGCUCGAAGAGCUUGCCAGUGAUCCCGAGCUUACCAAUGACUACCUGAAACUCCUGGUCGAACAAGUUCGGCAGAGGUUACAGUCAGAAUCGCAGCCAGGGAGCCAGUCUUGAAGCAUUGACCGGCAAGGUUGUGUAGCCCUUCACCGCUAAAUUUUUCGCUAACAUGGAAAAGCAGAACUAAAGCUUUGUUGGGGGUGUUUUCGUGAUGAGGUGCCCAGUGGGUGUAAAUGUGGCAUUAUAGUUUUUCCUGAGAUAUUGGUGCAGCAUAUUGCAUACCGUGGUUAAAAUGGUUUUCGCCAAUUUUGCUAGUGGUAGAUACAGCUAGUUCGAAAGGUGGAAUUGUUUGGAUUCUGUGGAUAAUUUGGCAAGGGAUAUCUAUGUAAUGGUGGAUCUGAAUAUUUAGACAGAUUUGUUUGUUCUUGUUGCUUUGCCCAA